CGUUUGUCGGAAAUUUUUAUCAGUACUUCGCAAUUUUGAAAAUUUUUUGAAUACAAGACGAAAAAAAAUGUAAGAAAACCGCAAUUUGUGUCAAGUUUUCGCUCCUGAAUAAUUCGUAUAAUAAAUUGAAGUCAAUGAAACCAUAGCAAAACAGAAAUGAAGCUGUUCAGUUCAGUCAUUGUGAAACAAAUCACCGGACGUAGGAAUUAUUGUGUACGUCGAUAUCCGUAUGUUCCGUGGAGAAAUUUGGAAGUAAUACAAAGUAUAGAAGAUGAAUUGAAAGAACCUCCUCGGCAGGUGAUCCCUGAGAAUCCCGUCAAACGUGUUAGCGCAACAAAUCCUGCGGAUCAUACGUAUGCUGAUGUUGGUAAAUUUUACACACUUCCUCCUGCUGACAUAAAACGCUACUUUCAGUUAGGGGGCAUACCAAAACCAUUCACCGAACUAUCGAAAGCAUUUAAUGAAACUUGUCUCAUGAUUCGAAAACCUUUUCUGGAAGUUCGUGAUUACCUAAUUCAAGCGAAUUAUUCCAAUCUACCCAACAAAUAUGUUUUAUAUGGACCCGUUGGCAGUGGAAAAUCAUUGACUUUACUUCACAUCUUGCAUUAUGCAGCCUUGCAGGAAUUUGUUAUACUUCAUUUGCCAAAUCCUAAUUAUUGGUUUAAAUGGGGAAAGAAAGAAGCUCAUCGUUCUGAAACUAGACCUGGUUUGAUCGAUUUACCAAUUGAAGCAGCUCUUGUUUUGAAACAUUUCCAGCUUCAGAACUCCAAGCUACUGGAAAAAUUGGAGUUGACUACAUCGAAAACCCAUGAAUGGAAUAUAAGAGAAUCGACACCGGCUGGUUCGCCUAUAAUGGAUAUCGUCGCUCACGGAAUUAACAGAGUUAAAUAUGCCUGUGACUGCUUCGACAUAUUAAUCGAUGAGUUGAAAGUGUCUGCUACGAAUAACAAAUGUAAAGUUUUAUGCGCUAUCGAUGGAUACAAUUCGUUGUACACUAAUAAGACUAUGAUAAGGAUAGAUGAAAAAUAUGGAACGAAACCUGAAGAAGUUUCGCUCGUUCAAUCAGUUUUCAAAAUAACGAAACCAGAUUGGUGCAAUGGUGCUAUAGUAGCCGCUAUAUCUGAAAAAACAACAACACCCGACAACAGGGGUUCAUUCCUGCCUUUCUUUUUAUUGCAGAGAAAAGGAUUUGAAGAUCUCGACCCAUUCAUACCAGUCCAAGUUCCUGAAUUGAGCGAAAUGGAAUUUCAUAGCAUGUUGGAUUACUAUGAAGAUAGAAGAUGGUUACAAAAACCCGGAGGUCGUGACGAAAUCGAAUUCAUUAGUUCAAGAAUACCGAAUGAUAUUAGAAAUUACUGCGCUCCUUUGUAAAUUGUUGAAAUAAUAUUGCUUGUGUUUGUAGCAAA